GAAGGAGGCUCCCCCGCGGGACAGCGAGCGAGCGAGCGCGGGGCAGGGCAGGGGGAUCCCGGCGCGGAGGCGGGGGAUCUCUCCGGCUGGCCGGGCUACAGCGCUUUGCUCAGCCUGCCUGCGGCAGCGGCUCCCAAGUUGGCGGAGGACUCGCGCGCCCUGCCCGGGCUGCCCGCUGCCUUCCCCGCCCAGCCCGCCGGGCAUGGCGCCCUAGCCUGGCGCAGGGGCGAGCCGCGAGCCAUGGCCAACACCAGCGAGGCGCAGCUCGAGAAGGCGCUGGGGGGCCCGGCACUGCCCGCGGACUGCCAGGAGACGGAGCAGCUGCUCUUCUCCAGCGAGGGCAAGGGGGUCCGAGGCUCCAAGUCCUUCUCGGGGACCCUGGCCAGCGACAAGUCCCUGGAGACGGAGCAGAACGGCCACAGCCUGCCCUACAAGACCGUGUCCGCCGGGCACCUGGAGACGGCCUCGCACUCGCCCUCCCGGAUCAGCCUGGGGCGGGCAUCCUCCACCGCCACCACCAGCGCCCAGGAACAGGGCCGGCCGCUGGAUUAUCUGGUGCUGGCCAUCUUCUCCUGCUUCUGCCCCGUCUGGCCCAUUAACAUCGUGGCCUUGGUCUUUUCCAUCAUGUCAAGGAACAGCGGACAGCAGGGGGACAUGGACGGGGCUCGGAGACUCGGGCGCAUGGCCAGGCUGCUCAGCAUAGUCUCCAUUGUCCUGGGAAUCCUCAUCAUUGUGCUCUACUGUUCGCUCAAUUUCACAGUUUUUCAGAAGACCAAUUAGCAUGAAAAUACCUUGAAGAAGAGGAAGACGUCUUUCCUUCCCAGGAUUUUAAUUUUACCCUUGCAGCAACGUUACAAUUUAGAAGGGCGGCCUUAGGAAACAUCUCUUCUGGAGCGUCGUCCAAGGGAGUGCAUGCAUUUAUUUCACAGCCUCUUGGAAAAUGAUUUCAUACCAACCAAAACAACUGGAGAACACAGCAGCUCGACCAGGACUGGGAGCGGGGUUCGAAUCCCAAGCAGACGUGGAACAGAGGGAGAUCCGCUACCGCACUCCUGAUCGGUAAUGAAGAUGUUGGGUGGGAGGGAGAACAUGACAAACAGGGGACGAGGGGAGAACUUAAUGAUGAGGUUUAUUAAAGAACCCGAAAUUUAAUUUUUUUUUAAAAAAAGGAGAGAACGGGACAUUUGAGGAAACUUCUUCACAAAUUUGGGACAAAUCCAGUUUUUUGUAUCGAUGAAUUCUCAGUCUCUACGAAAAAGCUCCAGCUGCUGUCGGGAGAUGAAAUCGAUUCAGUGAGAGGAAAAAGGAGAGUGCCACUACAGGGGGACAUCGCAUGCACCUUUCUGCAGCUCCGGCCAAAACUACAGCGAAAG